AUGUCCCGACCGUCGUAUACCUGUGAACAGGUAAAAGCCCACUGCCAGCCCAAGGACUUGUGGAUGAUUGUGUACAACAAGGUUUAUGAUCUCACCAACUUCAUUGAGCUCCAUCCGGGAGGAAUUGAAGUUAUGAUUGAUUGUGGAGGAGUUGAUGCCACAGAAGCAUUUGAUGACGUGGCACAUUCUGACUAUGCUCUUGACAUGCUACAGCCAUACUUUGUGGGGGACUUGGUUCCGUGGGAGCAUCGUCCGUAUAAAACUGCUCGGGCUCAGUUCCAAGAAGCAGAUAAGCGUAAAGAGCAGUUAAAACGAGAACGAGCGACAUUGGCUCGACAGAGAAAGAAAAACAAGCUUUGGAAGCGGCGUGUUGAAAGAAUCACGUUAGUGGUGCUUCUGAUGGUGGCAUUUGGCACGGUGCUAUUUUACUUCUUAUUACAACGGAUGAAAUUAAAUUAUUAUAGCGACAUUUAG